UGAUCUGCUUUUGUGCUAAAAUGGAGGCUGGCCUCUCGCCCUGAGUGGAUCGCCUUCCUGGUUGAGGUUUAGAUGUUGACAUGCAAUAAAUCUGGAGACAGGAUGGUUGUGGAUGCACCUAAUUCCAAUGGGCCUUUUCAGCCGGUGGCUCUUAUGCACUUCAGAGAUGUGGCCCCCGCAGAGCAGGAGAAGCUCUUCAUCCAGAAGCUGCGACAGUGCUGCGUUCUUUUUGACUUCCUGUCCGACCCGCUGAGCGACCUGAAAUGGAAGGAAGUGAAGCGGGCGGCGCUGAGCGAAAUGGUGGAGUACAUCACCCACAACAGGAAUGUCAUCACAGAGCCCAUCUACCCGGAGGUGGUGCACAUGUUUGCAGUGAAUAUGUUCAGAACAUUGCCUCCAUCGUCCAACCCCACUGGAGCGGAGUUUGAUCCAGAGGAAGAUGAGCCAACGCUUGAAGCUGCAUGGCCACACCUCCAGCUCGUCUAUGAAUUUUUCCUUAGGUUUUUAGAAUCGCCCGACUUUCAGCCUAACAUAGCAAAGAAAUACAUCGACCAGAAAUUUGUUAUGCAGCUCCUAGAACUAUUUGACAGUGAGGAUCCCCGAGAGAGAGACUUCCUCAAAACUACCCUCCACAGGAUCUAUGGAAAGUUCCUGGGACUGAGAGCGUACAUCAGAAAACAGAUCAAUAACAUUUUCUAUAGGUUUAUCUAUGAGACAGAGCACCAUAACGGUAUAGCUGAACUACUGGAAAUACUUGGAAGCAUAAUCAAUGGAUUUGCCUUACCGCUAAAAGAAGAGCACAAGAUUUUCCUGUUGAAGGUUUUAUUGCCUCUGCACAAAGUCAAAUCACUCAGUGUCUACCAUCCACAGCUCGCCUACUGCGUGGUGCAGUUUUUAGAAAAGGACAGCACUCUAACUGAGCCGGUGGUAAUGGCUCUACUAAAGUACUGGCCUAAAACUCACAGUCCUAAGGAAGUGAUGUUCCUCAACGAGCUGGAGGAGAUCCUGGACGUUAUCGAGCCCUCUGAGUUCGUUAAAGUGCAGGAGCCUCUCUUCAGACAGCUGGCUAAGUGUGUGUCCAGCCCACACUUCCAGGUGGCGGAGAGAGCUCUGUACUACUGGAACAACGAGUACAUCAUGAGUCUUAUCAGCGACAACGCAGCAAAGAUCCUGCCGAUUAUGUUCCCCGCUCUGUACCGCAACUCUAAGACCCACUGGAACAAGACCAUCCACGGCCUCAUCUACAACGCUCUGAAGCUUUUCAUGGAGAUGAAUCAGAAGCUCUUUGACGAUUGCACACAGCAGUUCCGGGCUGAGAAAAACAAAGAGAAGGCAAAGUCAAAAGAACGUGAGGAGGCUUGGAUCAAGAUCGAGAACCUCGCCAAGUCAAAUCCACAGUUCUCUAUGUAUGUUGAUUCCUCUGACCUCAAUAGUCCUGUAGCAAUGGAGACGGAUAUCCCUUUGAUAGAAGAUGUUCAGAGGUUAAAAAAGACAGUUGAGGAGGGCGCGACUCAGUUGCAGCAUGACCAGCGGAAAGAGCGGCCUAUGGUGCGACGCAAGUCUGAGUUGCCUCAGGAUAUCUACACCACAAAAGCCUUGGAGUCCCACCGCAGAGCUGAAGACAUGUUGACCACCCACGACGGACUCUAGGUCCCGCCACCUGCCGGCUCUUGGUUCAACUGCCCCUUCUACCCUCGACAGCCAUGGACAUCCUCUUCGCCCAGGUGCCAGAGUUACACUGGCGACCCGUGUUGGGCUCCAUCCCUCCUCCCACCAUAAGUUUACCCAGAAUCCUCAGUUCUCAUUCAUUCCUGCUGCCCCAGUGCAGAAGCCCUGUGUCCGCCUCCCUCAGAUUUCUGCUUUCUCAGGUUUUUUUCUUUAUUUGGAGACGAGCGGGAGUGUGUUUGUGUGUCUUUUAGCCCUCGCCACAUUCAGUGUGUUCUCCAGUUAUUUCCCCCAUCAGUUCCUCUUACCUUCCUUUCUCUUUCCACACCCCUGUGCGCUCACUGUAAAUGUGGAACCUGGGAGUACGGACGCCACAACGCUGGUUCCUUCAUUCCUUCUCGCAAACGUGUUCACGAUGGAUCGGACAUGGAAACAUAGGAACUGACUGACUCGCUCUCUAAGGAUCGUCUCUUGGUCUCUGCUUGGUUUUCUUUUCUGUCAAAGGGAACAAAAACAGAACCCGUUGGUCAGAUGAAAGACAAGACUUUCCCGUCAUCUGUUGUGUGUUUUCUUUACUUUUUUUGCUCAAUCUAACGGACAUCUUGUCAGUGCCAAGACCGUUGUGUUCUUUAUGUUUGUUUGUUUGUAUCUGUGACUUUUAACAGAGACACCUGCCUUUCUUUUUCACCGGUGUUUGAAAGAUUUUUUUUGUCUUGUUUCCGUUUAGCACACCAGACCAAACUGAGGCCUGUCCUUAGCCUUGCAAUGUCUAGGAAAGAUGGCGAGGAAAGGGGAUGUUGUCCUGUGGACAUCUGACUCUUUCCAUUUUAUUGUUUUGUGCCAUACGCCGCUCUUUUAUAUGCUUGCUUCCUUAUGUUCAUUGGCAAUAUUUAAAAACCAGACCAUAGUGAUGCCUAGACAGUUCAAACAAUGGUACUUACUGUUUUUGAGUUGUAGAUGUGGAUGAACCUGAAUAAAAGCUGUUUGCGACCUAAGUUGCUGUAGCAAUAUCCGGAUAUGGACGUAGCCUUCAGUUGCCCACGUUUAACGGCUGCAUACUGAAUAAAAAGAAGCAAGAGCAGCUGUGGACUGUUCAAGGUUGAGUGGUGGGUUUUAUAUAUAGUGUAAAAUGAAAUAGGGAUUAUUAUCUUUGUAAAAGAAAUAUAACCUCCGCUGCAGCAGUCAUUACGUUAGGACCUUUGCUCAUUACAUUUCUUUUUGGAGAGCAUGAAGGUGUGUUGGUACUCUAUGCCUCAGAUUUUAAUGUCCUUCCUCUAUAAUUAAAACAUAGAAAUUAAUUUAUUAUCAAACAUAGGAGUGUAACCUCAGACGCUAUUAACAUACUGACAUCAACUGAUUAACAUAUAAAUUACUUGAUGAGAGCUACCAAAACAAUGACUUCCUUCAUAUUUACCGGUGUGGCAUGUUUGUGUUGCUACCAUUCCUAAUUUCAGGUGUUUGGUUUGUGGGUUCUUGUAUCUUCUUCUCAGAGGGGAAGUUGUUUUAAAGUUGGAAAAUACCUUCCAGUCAGUACCAUUGCUUAAACUAAGGAGGUCUGCUAGAGUUCUUCAUAUUUGAUGUGUUGUAUUUCUUUGUCUUGUCUCUGGAGGUUAGUAGUGUGGAUGUCAGGUUUUGGAUUUGUUUUUUUUGUUUUUUUUCCUGGCCAUUCAGGAUGCCCAACGCUGAAACACACUGGUAUCAAAUGGCCACAAAAAUGCCAGUUGCUGACAAUAAACUGACAUUGUGACUAGGCUUGUUAACUGUAUUAAUACUGUAUUUGCUUGAAUGCAAAAAGAUGUAAAUUAAAACUACCAUGUUAAACAUGUACCUUUUACCCUGGAGGAAUGCCAUUCACCAAACUGAUUUCUGUUGUCGAGGUCAUUGCAUUUAUGAAACAGUCCUGCUUGCUGGGGGAGAUGUUUCAUGGAUUUUACGCGUUCGAUUCAGGAGAUGUUUGAGGUUUAUUUUAGUGCUGAAAAACAAGCCACCUGUGAUAACAAGAGAUGAUUUAAAAAUGAUUAGGUGGCUUGUUCUGUUUCUGCAGGAUCUUUGCAGAUCUUUUAAUUUUAACAUAUUAUUUCCAUGAUAACUUAAAGUGUCCUUUUGUAUGUGACCUGUACUAUAUGAUUCAUUUAAUAUUGUAUAUAUGAUUUACCUUGUUUCAUGUAGUGUUAUAUAUCUAGAUUAAUUUUGUACAAAUUGUCCCUCUGUACAGAAUAAAACAUCCAUAGCAAGUGAAAGAAGUCAAUCUGGCACAUACCGUCUUAUUUCUUCUGUUUUGGAUGUACUUUCAGCGACACAAGGAUUUAGAAAAUGUUCUUUUAUUUUUAAAAUCUGCAAAGUUUCCUCCCUCCUCUAUAUAACUGACAAAUGUUCAUGCCCGUUGUGUGCUCCUAUCACUGUCUUUAGUGGUGUACAACUAUAUAGAAUGAAUAAAGAGAUUAUUUGAAUAUAUAUUUUCAA